ACUAAUUCCGUAAAAUCUUAAUUGAUUCACAUUUAAUGGUGGAUUAAUGAUAUGGCUAAUACGCGACGGACUUCGUUUUAGUUUCAUACUUAUUUUGCCUUAGUCAGUGGAAGGUUCCUAAUAUUUUUCACGAUGAAGAUGCUGAUCCUCCUUUUUGUGUUCAUCGCUCUGGCAAGCGAUUCUAUGGCUCUGAAAAAUGAAAUCUGUGGUCUCUCCCACUCACAGAUUGGUAGUGGUAUUUAUUGGUGCUAUGCACGUAUUACCAGUUGGUCCUACGAUUCUGACAACAAAGAGUGCGUGGAAUUCAUCUACGGAGGUUGUGGUGGCAACGCAAAUAACUUUAAUUUUAAGGAAGAGUGUAUAGAAAAGUGCGUGGAAUAAGAGACAUUUAAUAGAGAUUUUA